AUGGAGUUCACAAGGCUCUACUUGCCUAUGGAAUGGGAGGAGCGGUGGAGAAAAGAGAAAGAGCGAAGGAAAAAGGUGAUGGAGGAAGGAGGGGAAGAGUUGGAGAGGGAGAGCAAGAGGUUAACAUGGAUUAGGGCCUACAAUGACAGCAAAAUGGGGAUGAACGAAAAGCUAGGCGUGAAGAACGGGAGAACAGUUCAGGAGACACUGGACGAGUGGGAUGAUAAACCCGAGAUACAGAAGUACACUAAAGAUACUUACCCAACUGAGAUAUUCCAAGCAGUGGAGGAGCUGAGGUGUUGUUCUAUCCUUACAGACCUGACCCUGAGUGUUGAAGAUGGACUAACUGUCCAUGCUCAUUCUUUGGUCCUCGCUGCUGUAAGUUCCCUCAUCCGACAGAUGCUCCGACAGAGGAAUGCAAAGACCGAGAGAGAGAUAUUUUUAAGUGUUAGUCCAGAAGUGUCUUAUUUAGGAAUAUCUGCAGUGUUGCAAUUUGCCUACUCUGGAAGCAUAGCUGGUCUAAACAGCAAAUCUUUAGCUCAGAUUCAGGCUGCUGCUCUCUAUCUGGGAGUUCCCAUUGUUCUGGAGCUCUGCAAAGAAGAAGAGGAGAGAGAGCGUAAGAAAAAUGCAGAGAAGAAUAUGAGAAAAAGCGUUGCUGGAGAGCACAUGCAGGUCAAUCUUCAGUCUAUCAGGAAGCUGUGGGAAGAGAGAGUGGGCUGUGAUGUGGAGCUGGAGGCUGAAGGAAGAACAUUUCAUGCACACAGGGUCCUCCUGAGUGCAUGCAGUGACUACUUCCGUGCAAUGUUCAGCAGUGGUAUGAAGGAAACCUACCAAUCCUCAGUUUCUCUGUUCCUGAUGGGGGCACCUGAACUAGAAGCCCUUCUUCACUGCUGCUACAGUGGAGAACUGUUUCUCGAUUGGGGCUGCAUUUUUGAGCUCACCUCAACUGCUCUUCAAUUCCAAUUCCAACCUGCUCUCUCACUCUGCCUCAGCUACCUGGAACAGCAAAUGGAUGUCCACAGCUGUCUAGAUGUGGUUUCUUUUGCUGAGGCUUAUAUGCUUAGGGACUUGUUUGAAACGGCCGAAGACUUCACCCUGAUGCACUUCCAGGAAGUUAUGGCCACGCCAAAGUUCCUGGAACUCCCGGCUGAGAAGCUGUUAGACCUUCUAAAACGUGAUGCCUUGUGCGUUCCAUCUGAGCUGGCCGCCUUCCGAGCGGUGGUGGCAUGGAUUGAGGCAGAUCCCCCCCAAAGAUUGCAUCAUGCCCAGGAAGUCAUGAAAGGAGUACGCUUUCCACUCAUGACCUUUCGUGAGUUUCGUGAGGUCCGAGCUGUUAACCUGCAGAUGGAGUGUAGUGGUGAUGAUGAUAUAAAUCUAUACCGCACAGCACUAAAAGAAUUUGGAUUCGGAGACACCAGUCCAGUAGUUCAACAUCGCAUACGUUACCCCAGGGAAGUCAUCGUUGUUGUUGGAGGUGAUCAGGUAAAUCCAGACCAAGGCCAGCGGCUUCCAAGCAAGCAGCUAUGGUUUGCUAACUCCUUGCGUAGCGGUACAGGAAUGGUUAAGGAUAUGGAUUGGAGGAUUUUGAAUGAAAUGCCAGAGCAAGCCAGGUUCAGGCAUGGCAUCGGUGUACUUCACAAAAAACUCUAUGUGGCAGGAGGCUGCUAUUACUAUUCUAAGGCAGACACAAUGAAAUCUGCAUACAGGUAUGACCCUUUAGACAACUCAUGGGAAAGACUGUCAGAUAUGCAUGAGCACAGGAGUAACUUUACCAUGGUGGUGAGGGGGGGCGUCCUGUAUGCUAUUGGUGGAGACAUCGACAUCAGCACUAAUUUGGACAGUGUGGAAAAAUACUCAGUAGAAACGAACACAUGGAGCUUCACACAUCCACUGGCUCAGCCUCUGAGUGGUCAUGCAGCUGUUGUCUUUGGAGAAGAGGUUUUCAUUUCAGGAGGUUUCAAUUUAAAGUACCAAUGCCUGGUGUCCACGUUCCUCUACCAUCCGGAACAGGGUACGACCUACCUGGCGGACAUGGCCCACGAUCGAGCUCAGCACUGCAUGCAAAUCUUGGCUAAGCGCUUCUACGUCGCUGGAGGAGUGUCUAACUUGCGAGAGUUCUACACUGAUCAGUUAUCCUGUGAAAGCUACGACCCUACAAGUGAUACUUGGACUGCCUUCAUACCUCUACCUCUCUGCCACGUUGGCGCUGCUUCAGCUGUCCUGGAGGGGAAGUUGUACGUGCUGGGUGGUUAUUCUCAAGAAGAUUACAGUGAGGCUAGAUUGGUGCAUCGCUAUGACCCUGGAACUCAAAGAUGGGAGAAUAUGGGAAAGAUGGCCGGCCCUGUCACAGACAUUCGCGCUUGUUUACUUCAUUUACCUGAUCAUUUGAGGACGUCAGAUGAACAGAAAGAUCUGUAA